UCACAGGCUUCUUCUGCAUGAUAGCAAGAUUUCCCACAGUCAGUGAAUGCAGCACUAGCUUCGUGCGGUGUAGUCCAGCGGUUCACCGAGGAGGAGGAAGAAGAGGAGGAGGAGGAGGAAGAGGAGGAGGAGAAGAAGAAGAAGAAGAAGGAGGGCCGGACACCUGAUCGACGUCAGAAGUUCGACAGUGGAUCUCCGCAUCUCUGGAGCUGUCCGCCAGCGACAACAGUAACCAUGGCAGAAGCCCACCAGGCGGUGGCCUUCCAGUUCACCGUCACCCCAGAGGGCAUUGAUCUGCAGCUGUCCCACCAGGCCCUCGCUGAGAUCUACCUCUCUGGUGUGCGCUCCUGGAAGAAGCGCAUCAUCAGACUCAAGAACAGCGUGGUAACAGGGGUGUAUCCUGCUAGCCCCUCCUCCUGGCUCUUUGUGGUCAUUGCAAUCCUGGCCACCAUGUACACUCGCUCCGACCCCUCCAUGGGCCUCAUAGCCAAGAUACAGGAGCACCUGCCGGUCAGCCAGUCGAUGAGUAGCCAGUGCCAGACGGUGGUGUCAGCAGUGCUCUUCAGCACCAUGCUGUGGCUCUUGCUCAUCUUCACCAUGCGCCUGUGCCUCAAGCAGCUCCUCUCUUACCACCGCUGGAUGUUCGAGCAACAUGGCAAAAUGUCCUACACAACCAAAGUCUGGGUGGCGUUGGUGCGGAUCUUUUCUGGCAGAAAGCCUCUACUCUACAGCUACCAGGGUUCACUGCCAAACCUGCCUGUGCCCGCUGUCAAGGACACAGUCCAGAGGUACUUGGAAUCUGUGCGUCCGCUGAUGGAUGAUGCGAAGUAUGAACGCAUGACCAAUCUCGCCGCAGAGUUUGAGAGCAGCCUCGGCAAACGCCUGCAGUGGUACCUCAAACUCAAAGCUCUCUGGUCAUCCAACUAUGUCAGUGAUUGGUGGGAGGAAUACGUCUACCUGCGGGGACGAAGCCCAAUCAUGGUCAACAGUAACUACUAUGGCAUGGACUUCUUGUACGUGACACCCACGCCCAUCCAGGCGGCCAGGGCAGGCAACAGCAUCCAUGCAUUCUUUCUGUACCGUCGCAAACUCAACAAAGAGGAGAUUAAACCUAGUCGUAUCCCCGGCACUGUCAUUCCUCUGUGUGCAGCUCAGUGUGAGAGGAUAUUCAACACCACACGCACUCCUGGAGAGGAGUCCGACUCUCUGCAACAUUGGCAGGACAGUGACUACAUAGUGGCUUACCACAGGGGGCGCUACUUUCGUCUGAGGGUGUACCAGGCAGGCAGACUCCUGUCCCCCAGAGAGAUUGAAUUCCAAAUUCAAAGGAUCCUCGAUGACACCUCAGCUCCUUGCCAAGGAGAAGCAAAACUGGGGGCCCUGACUGCAGGAGACAGAAUUCCAUGGGCUCAAGCCAGGAAGAAGUAUUUCAGUAGUGGGGUCAACAAACGCUCUCUGGACUGCAUCGAGAGAGCCGCCUUCUUUGUGACCCUGGAUGAUGAUGAGCAGGGCAUGCUGGGAGAUGACCCCGUGGCUAGUUUAGAUCGCUAUGCCAAGUGCUUGUUGCAUGGGAAAUGUUACGACAGGUGGUUCGACAAGUCCUUCUCAGUGGUUUACUUCAAGAAUGGAAAGAAAGGCAUAAACGCAGAGCACUCGUGGGCUGACGCACCAGUGAUCGCACACCUAUGGGAGUACACCCUUGCCACCGACUGUUUCCGUCUGGGUUACAAUGAAGAAGGUCACUGCAAAGGAGAUGUGGAUUCAUCGCUACCACAACCACAGAAGCUGAACUGGGAAAUUCCUCCAGAGUGUGAGGAGCAGAUCUCUCAGUCCCUGUCAGUGGCCCAGGCUCUGGCCGACGACUUGGACUUCCACAUUCUGUCCUUCCGAGACUUUGGCAAAGGAAGGGUGAAGAAGUGUCGAGUCAGUCCAGACGCCUUCAUUCAAAUGGCACUUCAGCUGGCCUACUACAGGAGCCGGGGGACGUUCUGUCUGACGUACGAAGCCUCCAUGACCCGUCUGUUCAGGGAGGGCAGGACCGAGACUGUUCGCUCCUGCAGCAACGAGAGCUCCGCCUUCGUCCGAGCGCUGGAGGGUGGAGAGUCAGCAGAUGUGUGCAGGCGUUUGUUCCGCUCUGCGUCCGAGAAGCACCAGAAUCUUUACCGCCUGGCGAUGACUGGGUCUGGUAUCGACAGACACAUCUUCUGCCUCUACGUGGUUUCCAAAUACCUCGGAGUGGAGUCUCCUUUCUUGAAAGAGGUUUUGUCUGAGCCUUGGCGGCUGUCCACCAGUCAGACUCCUGUCCAGCAGGUGGAGCUCUUUGACUUAGUCAACCACCCAGAGUAUGUCUCCUGUGGAGGGGGCUUUGGUCCGGUGGCUGAUGAUGGUUAUGGGGUGUCCUACUACAUUGUGGGAAACAACUUGAUUAACUUCCACAUCUCGUGCAAGAUCUCAUGUCCAGAAACUGACGCCCACAAGUUUGGCGCUGAGAUCAGAAAAGCCCUGCAUGACAUGAUGCAGCUGCUCGGCCCGGCCCAGAGAGAUCCUUACAGCGCGGGAGAGGGGCGGCCCGAGGUCAAGAAGGACCUGUAGAUACUGUAGUUGCUCAGGAGGGAGAAAGGGAAACAGUGGAAGGGAAGUUUUUUUUCUCAUGCGUUGGGAGAAUUUUAAAGCCAGUGAGAUGAUAAGAGAAAUCUACACGAGGAAACUGACAUAAGGGAGGUGUUGUUUUUACUGAUUUGCAUCUGUAUUUGUGUGUUUAUAUUAGCCGUGUGAUUGGUAUGUGAAGGGAAAGAGGGUGCAGAGAAUAACAAGUCAAACAGUGUGAUUCUAAUACAGUAUGUUUAAUUGGUUCGGUUUAGUUUAAACAGUUAAACCAGUGGGUCAUUUUUUUUAGAAAAAGCCCUAAAUAUAAAAAGUACUUAUUAAGAUAUUGUUUAAUUAUUUUUAAAAGGCCACGGCUAAUUGCACCACUCAAAGGUAUUAGAGGAGUUGCCAACGUUACGUAAUCGCAGGGAUGAAUUUCAUAUAAAAUCAAGUGCAGUAUAUAUAUUGCCACAUUUUCUGUGCCACUAAUGAUCUGUUCUGAAAAUGCGGCUGUACGUGUGUGUGUGAUGAAUCUUUGGUCUUGGGAGCAUCAGCACGGAGAGAAAACGUGCAGGACCGUCCAGGUGACAUCAGUCUCUAUGAUCUGAAUGCAACGUCGUCCAAACAGUGAGAAGAGGUAUUUAUAAAUCUAGGAAGUCUGUGACUUCUCAGUGUUUACUGCUUUUUACAUAUAUGAUUGUAACGCUGUGCUCUACGACGGAGUAUUAGGGCUGAAUCGGAUUUUGAUUAUAAUGUAAUAUCUUGAGAGUAACGUUGUAAUAUUACGAGAUCAAAGUCAUAAUUUAAUGGGGAAACAGCGUCUUUUACACCAUGUUUUUAACCUAAAUGUCCUCUGAUAUCCUCCUCGGAGCCGCGUUCACAUUCGCACGCACAAGCUCGCGUCUCUAUGCUCUCGCCCAAGGGGCACGUGACGACAUCAGCGAGAACUCGCGAGUAUCACUGAUGUCGUCUCGUGGAGAACAUCACGUGCCUUUAAGUACUAGAAUGUCACUCAGUAGAGCGCAACAGUCCCCUCCUGAAACCACAUUUAGAUUCACUAGAUCUGGAUUUUUAUUUUGACCCGAACCAAAUUGCACACAUUCAUAAAUACAUAAAGUCCUCUAAAC